CACAUGGCGGAGCUACUCUGGUAGCUUGACUGUCGCCAGUUGCUCCAAGUACGUCGCGGCGCGAGGUGCGUGGCUGGCGCUGUCAUGGCAAGCGGGGACGCGAGGAGAUCCUGAGUGACGCUACCAGAACCCUUCAGGCGUAUUGUUGAGCUUCUCCCCCUUCUUCUUUCUCUCUCUCUCUCUCGCUGUGGUACCUCGACCUUCUCGGAGAGUCGUCGUCGCGGCCCGGACCAUGACGGCGCUGGCGUGGCCGCUGCUCCUGCUGACGGCCGCGGGGGCCUUCAACGUGGACACGGAGAACUGCGUGAGGCACCGCGGUGCCGCCGGCUCCAUGUUCGGCUUCAGCGUCGCCGAGCACCGCGAGCGAGGGGAGAGCUGGGUGAUGGUCGGCGCACCCGAGGCCCAGGCGAGGUCCCAGCCGGGCGUGCGGCGGGGAGGGGCGGUGUUCCAGUGCCGGGUGGACCGCGAGGACACCUGCCGCGAGAUGAUCUUCGACCGCACGCCAGGAAACAACGAGAGGUUCAACAGCCAGCUGGACGAGAAGUCUCACCAGUGGUUCGGAGCGACUGUCUACAGCUCCGGGGAGGACGGCAUCCUCGUGGCCUGCGCGCCGCGGUACGUGUGGUUCUCGCAGUCGGUGAACAACACGCGCCGGGACCCGGUGGGCACGUGCUACGUGGCCAGGAACGCCUUCUCCGACGUGUCGGAGUACUCGCCCUGCAGAACACGUAACUGGGGGCAUCACAGGCAGGGUUCGUGCCAGGCUGGCUUGGGAGCUGCCAUUUCCGCGGACGGUGAGAGGCUGUUCAUAGGUGCUCCUGGCAGCUGGUACUGGCAAGGCCAAGCGUACUCUAUAGAUUCACAUGCCCGACUUCUGUUCACGCCUCCCAAGAGGUACCACACCCACGAAGGGCAGUUGUACUCCCAGAGCACGUACAGCCGGCCGGAGGUGAUGUCCACCCAGGAGGGCCCGCCCAUCGACGACGACUCCUACCUGGGCUACUCGGUGGCGGUGGGGGACUUUUCGGGCGGCGGUCGGGGGGACGUGGCGGUGGGGAUGCCCCGGGGGCUGCAGCUGGUCGGGAAGGUGGUUCUCUACACGUGGAAUCUGACCAACAUCCAGAACAUCUCCGGGGAGCAGCUGGGCUCGUACUUCGGCUACGCCAUGUGCGCGGUCGACCUGGAUGGAGACGGCCUGGACGACCUGGUGGUGGGGGCGCCCAUGCACACGGACCUGUCCAACAACGACGGGAAGUACGAGACGGGCCGCGUCUACGUCUUCUACCAGGGCGCUCAGGCGGGAAGAUUCUCUCAAUUUGAUGUGAGAGAUGGCACUAACUCAAAGUCAAGGUUUGGGUUAGCACUGUCUUCUCUUGGAGAUAUCAACAAAGAUGGCUUUGGAGAUUUUGCUGUUGGAGCGCCGUACGAUGGUCCCAAUGAAAGAGGAGCAGUUUACAUCUACCACGGCUCUCGGAACGGAGUCACGGAGAAGUACUCCCAAAGGAUACUUGCGGAGGACAUACUGUCCACAUUGUCCACUUUUGGGUUCUCUGUGUCCGGAGGCAUUGACCUGGAUGAGAAUGAAUACCCGGACUUGGUGGUGGGGGCAUACGAAGCCAACACUGCUGUAUUUCUCAAGAGCAGGCCAGUGGUGAAGGUGGACUCGCUGGUGACCUUCAUGCUGGACCAGAAGCAGAUAAGCCUGGACGAGAAGAACUGCACCCUGCGCGGCGGCAUGCGGGUCACGUGCGUCGAGCUCAACGCCUGCCUGCAGUACGGCGGCGUCGGCGUGGACAACCGGCUGAGUUUCCACGUGCAACUGGUUUUGGACACGAAAGUUCCAAAGAGCCCGCGCAUGUACUUCCUUGAACAUGUAAAUAGGAAUAUGCUCAACUUUACAUUCACGCUGGACAAGAACGUUCGGUACUGCCGCAACUAUUACGUUUUCAUUCUGCCCGAGAUACGGGACAAGCUCACCCCCCUGGAGGCGGAGAUCCGGUACAGCCUGGACACGGACGCCCGCUCCCAGCCGGGCUCCUCCGGCCGCACGCGGUUCACGCGCUCGCUCGCCCCCAUCAUAGACCAGUACAAGAGCGAGUUCGCCCGCGACUCCAUCAACAUCCAAAAGAACUGCGGCCCGGACAACGUCUGCAUACCCGACCUGCACCUCGAGGCUCGUCCGAGCGUGACCCAGUACCUGCUCGGGUCCGGGGACCGCUUCGUGAUCGAGGCGGCGGUGGAGAACAGAGGGGAGGACGCGUUCGAGGCCGUGUACGAGCUGUUCCUGCCGGUCGGCAUGAGCUACAUCAACUACGAGCACACGCCGGAGUCGCCCGUCUACUGCACGCGCGUCAACAACACCUUCGUCAGGUGCGACGUGGGCAACCCGCUGCCCGAGGGAAAGCUGGUACGAUUCAGAGUGUUGUUGCAACCAUCCUACAAGGAAGGUAUGAAGACACGUUAUGAGUUCUUCAUGCGGGCCAACACCUCAAACCCUGAAAAUGACACCGACUUCGACAACGAGAUAAUCAUGAAAAUCCCAAUUCAAGUUGAAGCUCAUCUAAAUAUAAUUGGUUCUUCGCAUCCUCCUGAGCUCCACUACAACACAAGUCAGUUCAACAUUGAGGAAAUCAAACACGAAUCUGAAAUUGGGCCUCAAGUUAUCCAUAAAUAUGCUAUCGUAAACAAGGGACCAUCUGAUCUCGUGGAGACUGACAUAUUCAUUCUUUGGCCGUCGCAUACUCUGCAAGGUGAUAACUUGCUCUACCUUUUGGAACCCCCUGAAGUGGAAGAGCCCAUAGUGUGUGAUGCAUUGCCUGAAGCUAAUGCCCUCAAGCUUGCACUGCUGCACAAGAAGUCCUACUUGGAAGAGUCAUCCAGGGGCGAGAUGGGAGCAAGCAACGUAGCAGGAGAAUCAUCGUCGUCGUCAUCGAACAUGUCAUCGUCAUCCUCAUCCAGCAGUGGCGGAUCUGUGACCAUCAGCAGCAGUUCCAGCUCCAGCUACAACAGUUCCAGCUCCAGCUCUGCGGGCAGCGGCGGCGGCGGCGGCCAUCGGCACACGGUGCACGCGAGCAAUGGCUCCAGUGUCGUGGCCGGGCAGGGCUUCGCCGGCCACGACGUGCGGACAGAGACGCUGACGGAAGAGGAACAGAGGCUGUUGGAGGAGGAGAGGCGGCAGCUGGAGGAGGAGAAGCGACGCUUCCUCUCGUCGGCGGGGCGGGUCCCGGCAGGCGGCGGCGGCGGUUCCUUUUCGUCCAGCAACUACAGUGCCUCGUGGAGCGGCAGCAACAACCCGGCAGGCCACUUCAGCAACUACAGCUACUCCAACUCGACGGGAGGUCGGGCCCUGCUGGCCUCGCAGCGUGGCUUCGUUCCGGGAGAAAGCGCUGCGGUAGGCGCUCACAUCCAACCGGCCCAAGAAAAUGUGCUGGGAGCGUGGCAAACUAACGGGCAGUUCCGGACAGGCAUCAUUGGCAGUGGGGGAAGCAGAGGAGCGUCGGUAAACGAGCAGCAGGGCUUGGUGUCAACGGGUUCUUCCAGCCAGGCUGGCAUUUCAGGUGGUGCACAAGGUAGGAACCCUUCACAGCACCAAACCUGGCAUUCCGAGACCCACAGCAGCAGAUCUGGCAGUGGGGGAGCAGGUAGCUUGGAAAUCGGGGGUAGUGGGGCAGCGAGUGAUUCAAAUUCAAACCAGCGGUUUUCACAGACUCAGAGUAGCCGGUCUGGUUCUGGCAGUGUGGGUAUUGUGGACAGUGGACGCGACGGACAAACAGGCGAGGCAAGUUCGCGCAACUGGUCGUCUGAGACUCACGUCAUUAGGUCGGGGUCUCGUGAUGCAGGUGGCCUGGCAGCUGGAAGUGACAACGGGGCAAGAGAUGCAGAUUCCCGUCUGUGGUCGUCUGGCACGCGCACCACGGAUGUAGCGUCGGCUGGUGGUGGCUACCAGGCUAACAGCAAUAACAGAGAAGUGGCGGGCUCCGUCUCACAGAAAUGGUCAGAUACGCACACCAGGAGUGGCACAAGCACUGGAAACUGGCCAGCAGAUACUUACGAAAGACGUGGUUCUGGCACUAGCGGAGGUGGAUGGUCGUCAGAGGUGCACUUGACUGGCGGGAGAGGCUCUGACAGGGUGUACUCACAGCAGCCAAACUGGACCUCGGAAACACACAGCACCAGAACAAACACGUGGUCCUCAGCAGACGAGGGAGCUAACGACCGCACUGCUGUCUAUCACGACAGAGCAUCCUCAGGUGUACAAAAUAGAGGUCACAGCAGCGCGGGUUCGUUCUCCACCCAGACCGGUGCGAACGAAGGUCAUGUCGGUGCAGAAGGAGUUAACUCCAGAGGUCAUUUUGUUUGGGGAGAACCGGGAGCCAGCAGUGGGGGGACAUACCACGUAAGCAGCCAAAACGUCGAUGAUGUGUUACGUCGUCAAGGUUCUUCAGCGACAAGGCAGCAACAAGACAAUGGGUACGUGAACGAGUAUGGUUCGGGGUCGAACUCUCGAAGGGGACAGGGUGGGAACUGGGAACGCACUCAGAGCCGUUCGUAUGAAUUAUCUUACAACGGAGACACAAACGAUAAGGAGCUCAGGCACCUGAUAUCCAGCCAGCAGGAUCUGAACCAUUUCGAACCACAGGUCUCAACAGAGAGCUACAGCUACGAACAGCACUACAGAAGUCCAGAUUCAAAAACGCAACAGGUUUCCAGCAACAGCCGGACGGAGACGAGAACUUACAGCCACCACGCCUCUCACUCCAGUGACCUUACGGGAGCUCCGGACGGCAGUGAAAACCAGUGGUUGCAGAGGCGACAUAAGAGGACGGUUGGUGACGACGAGCUGGAGAGGCUCCUAAAAUGUGAAUCUGUGAACUGCACGGUGAUUCACUGCAAGAUGGGGUUCUUGGCCAAGGACAAAACCGCACGCAUGGCGUUCAGGGCUCGAGUUUGGGCGAAAACAAUAGAAAAGAUAAACUACAGCAACCGGCCGGUGAAGGUGUCGUCGAUGAUGGUGACGCGCGUGGCGAGGCUGCCGCAGAUCGGGGAGCCGGAGGAGGCGAUCCUGAAGAACCACGAGGUGCUCACCGACAUCAUCCCGACGGACGUGAGCAGCAAGCCCGAGGUGGUGCCCCUGUGGGUGGUGGUGCUCUCCGCGUGCGCCGGCGCGCUCAUCCUGCUGCUGCUCAUAUUCCUGCUGUGGAAGUGCGGCUUCUUCAAGCGUAAUCGGCCGACCAACUCCCCGGAGAAGGAGCCGCUGAACAGGAACGGGCACUACCAAGGGGACGAAGCGCUCUGAGGCGGCGGGCGUCGUGCUUCUUACGACGACCCACGCCCGCCUGCAACACUCAUCGACGAUUCCAUCCAUUGCUUCGCUUGCGCUCGAUACGCGCCUGGGAACAGGACCUGGUGCUGUCUUCCCGGCUGGCAUGAUGCCCUGGGGGGGAAGGGAUUGCGUUUGCGAGUUUCUAAAGGAAACCGUGAUGGCAGCUGAGAAUGUCAAGUGUUUGUAAAAAUGAACACAAAAAAAAAGAUAUUUAAUUGCUUUGUAAAUAGGUAGUAAUUAUUGAGUUAGUGAACAUAUUUUUGUAAAAUUGCAAUAUAAUUAUGCUGUAGCACGAAAAUUUUACCACGUAAUGUUAAUGAAAUUGUUAAUACUUUUUGUGAGUAACUGAAAUGGUUAAAUUGUUAUCUGAACAUGUUGUGUUAAUCAUAUUCAACGAGCUUUAUUGUUAAAAGUUAUGAACAAAUGGUUGUACAUAGUGUUAACUAACACAGAAUAUGUAUUUUCCCACAAAAUUUAAUGUGGUAUAUUUUUAUUACCAAGAAAAGUACAUGUGAUGUAAUGGAUGCAUAAGGUUCUUAGACUUGAACAAAGAUGUGCUUAGAGUACACAGAUAUUACUCGUGAGUUGCAAGUGAUUGGUGUUUUCAUUUAAAAGUCAUAUCAUUAAGUCAUGUAUUAUUCUGUAAUUUUGUUUCAAGUUUUAUACAUAUUUGACAUGUUUAUGAAAGUGAAAUAUCAGUGAAGGUUUAUUAAUAGUUGGAAAAAAAUGUACUAUAUAAUAUAACCUAUUUAAAAUGGACAGUAAUCUGUAACAGUGACAACUUUUAUCAGUUUAUGAAAACAUUUUCACAAGCUAUUAAUUUUUUAUCUAACACCACUGACAACAUUGCUAGCAAAAACUUUUUCUGUACAUACACUUAACUUCAUUUACAAGCAUUCACUGUUCAUUAACAACUAAGAUUUGAUCACUAGAUGUGUAGCUAAGUAUCUACUGUUAGUCAAAAAGAUGAUAAGAGCAAGUUUUGUCUUGCCUUUUGAUGUCCAAACCCUUGCCAAGUUGUCAAUCACUUAAAGUGGGAUCAACUAGAAAAAAAAUCUGUGAUUGUGAAAUGCACUACAAGUAGGUACGUAAUGCCUUAUAAAGUUCAUCUUCCUGAGAUUGCUUAACUCAGAUGUAUCCAUAUUCUGGUGCCAUUAUUUUAAAAUAAAUAUUACUAGUUGGGAGUUAAGUUGGCUAGUGAAUGGUUGUAAGUGGCUAGAUAAUGGGGUUAAGAACAAUGCUAGCUAGGAAGCAGAAGGCAGUGAACUAUGUGUUUGGAUCAUUAAUUGACUCAGGCAGUUUGUUAGAAUACAAAUAGAUAAUAAUUUACUAAUUUAUUAUUGUAAUUGUAAAAAAUUUAAUUUUUGUUUAAUUUGCUGAUCUUGAAUCAUCAUAUUUAUAUUUAUUUAUUUUUGGUUGUGUUGGACGAUGGUUAAGAAAGUGGGGCAGACAAAAAUGGUUGUCUACUUGCAGCAAAAAUUACUGUUAUUUCUGAAGACAAUAAAAGGUUAGAUUGGUCCUCAUUCACGUCCUUAAACUGUUAACUCCUUUUCUCUUUCUUUAACAUGGGAAAAUUCUGGCCUAACUUGCAACCAUUCAGUGGUUCCUAAUAGUUUCAAAUUAAUUUAUUGCCAUUAGUGUAGGAGUUUAAUGUUAUUUGUACUUUAAACUGUAAUAUGUUUUGAGAGACAAUUACGAUAUGCUGAUUUUAGCCUACGUUUAGCCAAACACCGGCUUGUAAUUUUGUAAUUUAUUAAUGCCUGCUGUAUGUAUUAUGUUGUAUUGUGUAGUAUUAGUCUGAAAACUAAUAGAAAUUUUGUUUUGUAUUGUUGUAAGAAA